GACAAUAGACUAAAGAUCUAACUGUACUGAUAAUUGCACUGCUGCUGACUUAUUGGCGUACACUUGAAGCAUUAUCUGAUAUUCAUUCUUAGUUAGGUGGAGGCAGUACGUCAAAUGAAGUACCCACCCAGAAAACCAAAUAAUCAAGCACAUAGAGGAAGUAGGAGCAGCCACACUCAACUACUCCACAUGUGCAAUUCAGCUGCAGCACUGCUCGUACCGAGAGUUGCUUUAAGUGAGCAAACUGCUAAUAGGACAGCAGAGGAGCGUAGGGGGUCAAUUGGAAACAGCUUCAUAGUGUAGCAGGAAGGAUGUGGUGAACAGAGCGAGCUACCUGGUAAAACAUGAGGUUCGUCUGUUCCUCAUUCUUAACACUGCCUGUGAAGAUCUGGGCCUUUCCAAAUAUAGGUUAAUCAGGUUUUGCUAUGUAUUUCACUCAACUGUGGAGGGAGUGAUUUCAGCUCCGUCUUGUCUGGCACCUGUUUUAUUGUUUUGGAGGCGAGAUGACACAAAACGGUACCAAGACUGCUAAUAGUACUGCCACUAAAAAGAUAGAAGAACUUAAAAUUGUGAUUGUGGGAGAUGGAGGCUGCGGGAAAACAUCUCUUCUGAUGGUUUAUGCAAAAGGGGAUUUUCCAGAGAAAUAUGCCCCAUCAGUGUUUGAAAAAUAUGUCACCACAAUCUCUGUUGGAGGAAAAGAGAUACAGCUCAACCUGUACGACACAGCUGGACAGGAUGACUAUGACAGACUACGGCCACUUUCCUACCAAGAGGCCAAUCUGAUUUUAGUCUGCUUUGAUGUCACCAACCCCACCAGCUUUGACAAUGUCCUGAUAAAGUGGUUCCCAGAGGUGAAGCACUUCUGUCGGGACAUUCCUGUCAUCCUGAUUGGCUGCAAGACCGAUCGCAGGAAGGAUAAAGAGUGUGCAAGGAAGCUGAAGGCCAUGAAUCUAUCUCCCAUCACUUACACACAAGGUGAAGAGACCCGGCAGGAGAUGAAUGCAGAGCUCUACCUUGAAUGUUCAGCAAAAUAUCAGGAAAAUGUGGAAGACAUUUUCAGAGAAGCCACCAAAAGAGUGUUGGCAUUCAAUAGAAAACAGAGGAACCAUAGGAGGAGGAAGAAAUGUGUUGUUUUGUGAGGAUAAAAAAAAAAGGACAGAGGCUUUGAUGACCCGCUCUCCUGCAUACUCCUCAGUUUCACAUUCAGAGACUAAAGACAUUCAGUGCCCAAUGAUGUGGAAAUAGCUGCAUGACCGCUGGUUCAGGAAGUCAUCUGUCCCUGUAAGUUUUGGCCCCACUUAAUGUGUCUACUCCUUUUAUGUCACAACCAAAUGACAAUGAUGACGCAAUACAGGAAAGACAAUUUUGCAAGAAGUUUCAGUGUGAGGAUUUUCUUUUUCAAAUGCCUCAAUGCAUCAGUUACAGUCAAAAUGACUCUCAGCGACACUGUAUAUUUGUUCAGAGACCCUCUGGGAAUGUAUUUUUACUUUAUUUGUAGUAUUUCAAGUCCAGAUCUUUUACACUGUUUAAUAA